AUGUCUUGUCCCAAACGCGAAAUAGCCUGUCCAGAUGAGUAUGUUGGUCUAAACAGAAUGAUUGCCGACAAGUUUGCUUAUCGGAGUGCAACCCAAGGAUAUGAGUAUCUCCGCACUCGGUUACCCUUUGUUUACAACAGACUUGCGGAAGGCGGGGUUCACUUGGCCGCAACUCUUAACCGUAUCUUUGAUGCAAAACCUAAGCUCGCUAGUGCAUGA